GGAAGAAGAAGAGUAGCCGUCAGUCUGUACUUCCGCCUGUGUGAGUGAAUCGCAGCAUCUGGACCGUGUGAAGGGGAGAAAGGAAGCACCAAAACGGAGUAAUCAUGCCGAUGUUCGUGGUGAACACCAACGUGGCCAAAAGUGAUGUGCCAGCGGCCCUGCUGACUGAGGCCACAGAGGAGCUGGCCAAAGCUAUGGGCAAACCUGCACAGUACAUAGCUGUGCAUAUCAACCCUGAGCAAAUGAUGAUGUUUGGAGGAAAGGGAGAUCCCUGCGCAAUCUGCUCCCUCCACAGUAUUGGCAAAAUCAGCGGCGCUCACAACAAGCAAUACUCUAAACUCCUGUGUGGACUCCUCAACAAACACCUGGGCAUCUCUGCUGACAGGAUUUAUAUUAACUUUGUAGACAUGGAUGCAGCCAACGUGGCCUGGAACAACACCACCUUUGGCUGAAAUGGAGGUCAACACACUGAAAUAGAAGAUCAUUCCAGUAUUUUCCUACAUGUAUGAGCAUAGUUAACAGUGACGGAAUGAAAAAGCAGACACCUGGUAAUCCACUGGCCAAUAUACUGUACGACUGUCUUAAAAGCUCUUACCAGGACCCUUAAGCUUUGCACUGAUCCUUAUAUGCAAUAAAGCAAACCCUGUAGACCAUGAA